UUUACUUAUUGUGUUGGGGGUUGUUAUUCGACGCUCCGAAUAUGAUAUGCGUGAUUCUGGCUGCUGGCCAGGCUGAUAAGCUGGAAAAUGACAUUCGAGAAGAUUUGUCUGAUCAGUUCAGACACCUCGAGGGAGUUCCAAAAGCACUCUUGCCUGGUGUAGGAGGCAAGAGGAUUCUCGACUACUGGUGGAAUGCAAUUAAGACACGCCAGCUGUUCAGUGAUGUGUUCCUUGUUACUAAUGCUGACAAGUACAAGCAUUUCGAGCGGUGGGCGAUGGGCGCCGACUUCCCGCUGGACAACGUCGUCAACAACGGCUCGAGCCUGCCGUCGACGCAGCGUGGCGCGCUGGCCGACCUGCGGCUGGUGGUGGACACCAAGCGGCUGGCUGACCGGCAGGAGGACGUCAUGGUGGUGGCUGGCGACAUGAUGUUCCAGGACGACACGUUUGACCUGACCCAGGUGCUCAACUACUACCGUCUAAAGCGGUCCACCGGCGACUUGGCGCUCUGCUACCAGCUGGAUGGCCAGGAGGAGGCCGGUCUGCAGGGCGCCACCGGCGAACGCUGCACGCGCGGCCUCGUCCACGUCUGCCCCGAUACCAACCGGAUCCUGCAGUUUCUGGAGAAGCCUCUGUGGACGGAGACGCCGUCGCGGCUAGCCAGUGUGGUCUUCUACUGCCUGAGGCCGAGUACCCUGAAGACGCUGGACGAAUACCUCGGCCUGGGAGUCGGGGAGGCGACGCCCACCUUCGGCAGAUACCUGGCCUGGCUGAUAAACGAGCGCGAGUGGACGGUGUACGCCAUGAAGCUGGCCACCGGCUUCCAGCUGAUCGGCGACGUCGGCCUGCACGACUAUACCACCUGGCUAGCGAUCUUCCAGCAGAGACAUCUGUCGGACCAGCGCAAACCAAUACGCCACCGCGUGCACGCUAGGGUAGGCCUGAUGGGGAACCCUUCGGACGGUUUCUACGGGAAGACGAUAUCGCUGUCGAUUCAGAACUUCUGGGCAGAAGUCACCAUAGCAGAGUCACACCGGCUGCGCCUGCUCCCGCACCCGCUGUACGACCCGACCGAGUUCGGCUCACUGCACGACCUGCACGGCACCAGCACCAAAGAGGGCUACCUGGGCGGCCUCCGCCUGCUGCAAGCCACCUGCAAACGCUUCUACCAGUUUGCCUCUGAGAACGGGACGGCGCUGGGCCGACGCAACUUCAGCCUGCGGUACGACACCAACAUCCCGCGCCAGGUGGGCCUGGCCGGCAGCAGCGCCAUCGUGACGGCCGCGCUGCGCUGCCUGAUGGACUUCUACGGCGUGACAGAGCGCGAGGUGCCGCGCCACCAGCUGCCGCAGUUGGUGCUCGAUGUGGAACGCAGCGAGCUCGGCAUCCAGGCCGGCCUGCAGGACCGCGUCGUCCAGGUGUACGGCGGUCUGGUGUACAUGGACUUCGGCCGGGAGCUGAUGGAGGGCCGCGGCUACGGCGACUACCGGUGGCUGAGGCCGCGCUGUCUGCCGCCGCUCUUCCUGGCCUACCUGGCAGACCCCAGCGACUCGGGCAAGAUCCACAGCGACGUCAGCCUCCGCUGGAAGAGAGGGGACGAAGACGCCGUGUCAGCCAUGGCUAAGUUUGCCGAGCUGACGGACGCUGCCCGGGACGCCAUCUCUGGAGAGGAUUGGGAGGCGCUAGCCAAGCUGAUGAAUGACAACUUCGAGCUUAGAAAACAGCUGUACGGGCCCGAGUCGCUGGGAGAGCAGAACCUGCGCAUGGUCGAGCUGGGCCGACAGCACGGAGCGGCCGUGAAGUUCCCGGGUAGCGGCGGCGCUGUGGUCGGCCUCUGCCGCAGCGACGAGCACCUGGCCGCACUGCGCGAGGCCUACCAGGAGGCCGGCUUCGUGUUCUGUCAGGCGGUGCCGGCCGUGGACGGCCUGAGGCCCGAGUCAGCGGCGGGCGCGCUCUGACCGGCCCGAAUCGCGUCUUGUCGCCCCCGGCCGUGGAUGGCCUGAGGCCCGAGCCAGCGGAGGGCGCGCUCUGACCGGCCCGAAGCGCGUCUUGUCGCCGCCGGCCGUGGACGGCCUGAGGCCCGAGCCAGCGGCGGGCGCGCUCUGACCGGCCCGAAGCGCGGCACGCCACCGCCGCCGGCAGCGGCGAGACGCGCCCGGGCCGGCGGGCGAUCCGUCGCAGCUGUCGAAGAUUUUGUACAACGGGGAAGAAGACAAGUGAUAAUUAACGUGUUGAUUGCGUGGAGACGAAUCACAGAUCAUGCAUACGGAACAGGGCCUUUUAAUACAAGUGCGCGAAAAAUGUCGCGCACCAUUUUGCCGUUUGCCGUGUCAUUUCCCCAUCCCGCGCAGACCAUAAGCCUCCUCACUCAAGGCCUUUUCUAAAUGCAAGAUUUUCCGCGCAUGACGUUUAAGCUUAAGCAAUGAAUGGAUAUUCCUUUUCUUAAUAAUUGUUGGAGUGGUGCUUGCCUGUAACCUCGAGAAAUCCGUAUCAUGUACCACGAUUGCAUUGUUUUUUAGCAAUUGUAUUGGAGGCAAUCUUGCCUGUCAGUGCUACAGAUGCUAUGUUUAAGUUUUUGUUUUCACCCGAACGGAAAAGUAGCAGCCUGAGCCCCAAAAGUUCAGAGUUUGUAGGUAGGAUGGGGAAAUCCUGAUUUCAGAUCUGUCAUAUCAUAAGAACUCCUCCCCUUUCACAAUUCCUUUAAAAGGCCCUGUUACGGGAUGAGUUUUGUAUUUACGAUGUGUCCAGCGAUGUGAUUGGCUUUGAAAAGAAUUUGUUUUGAUUCCGCGUCCUCAUAUAAUGAUAAGGGUUCUCCGCUGAGUUGAAUAUUACGUUCUUCUGUACUCUGUUCACUGUUAUGAGCACCGACUGUAUUCGCUUUUGAAUGUACUGUAUAUUUCGUACUUUUUUCUUGCAUCGUAACGAUGCGUCUUUGCUUCCUUUAUGUACUGGACGUAUUAUUCGCCCGAGAAUGUACCGUAUGUUUUGUACUCCUUUUUUUCUUGCAUCGCGCCAUGCGUCUUCGCUGCUUUUUCACAGCUUUACGUGACUGACGCUGUGCUUCUGCCUCCACUGAGCAGCCUUUUGGGGGUACCGUGGGAUGACGGCGCUGUCCAGCUGUCGCUGCACUCUCGUCGAUGACGUCGGCCAGUAUUACGCUGUGAUCUGCGGGGCGUGUGAGCGCCGGGGGACCCUCCUCUCGUCUCAUGUGCUGGGUGUGGACGCGCGGCGCCGGUCCGGCUCCGGUGUGCGGUGGGAGGCCGCCGCGCCGCUCUGUUGACCAUCUCGCGGCGUGCCGCACGACAGGCCUGUUUUUGUGGCCGGUCGGGGGCCGAGCGGCACCCGCUUGACAGCGUCGCGCCGGCAGCCGGUCCGGACGUCUUGAUGAUGGUGGGGACGUCUCAGCUGCCGGACAGGACCCUCGGGACGGACGGCCGAGAGCCGCGGACGGCGGCGAGGCGCCGGCACGGAGGUGGGGACGCACGCCACCGGCCCGGCGCCACGCGGUGCCGUGCCCGCCGGAUGCUACUGCCACGUGAAGCUCAGGGCAUCGCCACCGCUGUGGCUCGUCUGUGAUUAUGACAUGAUCGAUUUAUGUACUCAUGCGAGCUAUUAUAAACCACAUGAAGGGCAAUAUAUAAU